AAAUAAUAUCGUAUUCAGAUACUAAAAGGCUUCUAUUAUAAUAGAAAAUCGCGUAAAAUGUUAAAUGACGUUUAUGUUGAUUAUAACCUAUUUUUGUAACAAUAAGUAUAAGUGAUACAUAUGUACAUAUGCAAUGAUAAAUUCUAUUAUUGAAUAGAUGGAAGUAUUUUAUAAAAAUGGGAAAACAACGUAAAGAAUUAUUGACAUCGAAAAUUUAUUUGAUAUUUCUCGUUGACAGAGUUCACGAGCUACAGAGGUACCUUUACUUGUUUUUAUUGAUCGACGCCUGUGCAAUAAGCGACCUCGACGUAUCAACCCUAGCCUAUGAGAAGUAAUCAUCGGUUAAUAUAUCGUUUCCUAACAUUUAGAAUUUUAACCUUAUUUUCUAUCCGAUCAUGUAACGUACAGUGGUUGCCUCUGUUUAUUAAAAAUUUAACAAAAAUACUGGACGGAAAUAUAGGAAGACAAAGAGGUCGUUGAAGUAUCUGUGAGGUGAAACACAGCAGUACAUAUUCGAAGCAAUAAUAACUUCAAUCAAUGUAAUAAUUCGACUUUAUUCAAGUAUCCCGAGUAGACUACGGACGCGUAAAUUAUGUCAUAUCGAAUAGAAACAUGAGUAUCACAACGCUUCAAAGUUCCAGUAUGUCUUACGCACUUUGUACGAAUUGCUUGGCAAUAUGAAUAACAACAGGCUUAGAAACAUGACUACCGAUCUACUUUGAAACGCGAAAUUUAAUCAGCCAAAUUAUAACGAUUUAAAUUGAACAAUGAUUUUCUGUUAUUUCGGUAAAUUCUUAAUUCAAUGGUUCAUUCAAAAUAAGUGGGACAAAGUAAACCUUCGCAAUUUCUUUUGUAAUCCCUUACAAGUAACAACGGUCGAUCACGAAUUUAUCAAAUAUAUUAGUAUUUUUGGAAGUAGUUAACUGACGUACAUUUUUCUUAAAAGCCUAGAAGUUUUUAAGUUAAAUCAGAGAUCCAAUUCGAACACACCACUCCUAAGAUGCAACUCACACUAUGCGCUGUAUUAUCUCGAGUAAAGGAGAAUGAUUAUCAAUUGUGAAAAUCGGUGCAAAGAAUCUCUGCGUUCUUACGAGUAAAACUCUCGGGAGUGAAAAGUGAACAAAUUCAAAAUGUCCGAGGGCGAAGGGAAACGGGCUUCGCCGAUACCAGUGGUGGCUCAUAUACAAUGUUGCAACAGUGUAACUAAUACACAGUGUCCUGCACUUCAAGUAACUCCACGAAUGUUAAGAUCACCGAGUCAUGAAAGCGUCACGACCGACCUUUCUCUAUUUAGUGUUUCCUCGAUAGCAAGCGAAUUACGGGGCGCCGGUAAUAGGCUGGUUACCUUCAAAUCUUACACCGAUGUACAUCUCACUGGCCGUGGUCCAUCGCCGAAACCAGAUUUUCGUCAAAUUCAAACUACCAGGCCAGCGGAUAUACCAGAAAUUCUUUGGUUCGAAGAAGAAAAUGAACUGAUCCGUAGUUGCGGUUUGCUAUCGUCCGCGCUUGGCAUUCGCAAAAGCUUCAGUACGAGUGAUGUCUCUCAGUUACCAAGUCCGGAUGCUUUGGACACAGGCGGACUGCGAACAGCAGUCUCUGCCUUGACCUUAGACACUGCCCAACGAAGUACUUUGCUUUUGGAGCAUACCAGACUCGAUCAUGCUUCAAGGUCUUGUAGCACAUGGGUCGCGGUUGGUGAACCCGUAGCUAUUACGUCGCAGCUUCCCAGUCCUCACGGAGGAGCUGCACAGGAACAACAACGUCAGCAAAAUUUGUCUACUCAGUCAGCUGCAUCCCAAUCGGCGCCACAACCUCCGCCUGCGCCGCCCCUACCUUCGGUACCUUUUACAGGAGCAGACCUGGUCAGAUCUGUGAAUAAAAAGGUCCGUCAAAAUUACAUACGUCGAAGGUUGAUCAGAUUAUUGACAACUUAUCGCGCGUUGGAACGACUUUCGCAGAGCGAGUUCAAUCUGGAUCAAUUAGAAGCUGCAGCAAGUGCAGCGCAAACUUCCAGCAGUACCCUGCUAGUUCCUGGUGCAUCGACUAUUACCGGAAUCGCUCUAUUGGGACGAAAAGAACGGAACCAUGCUCUGACCAUCAAAGACGUGGAAAGAGAACGUGGGAAUCAAUUGUCGAAAUACGAAAGGAAUAUGAUGAUUUUCAAUUGGCUGCACACUCUCGAUGAUACUGCUACUGUUGAUAGUGUUGAAUAAAUUAAAUCAAAUAUUUAUUAUUAAAUCUUCAAUCAAAUAAUUUAUUGCGUAAAGGUGUGCAACCCUUUCGUUAUGCUGGACAGUAACAAGAUGUGUACAGUAAGUCACAAGCAACAGAUGUAACUGUUAUUAACUGAAAUAUUCAAAAGUCAUGUACAGAACGUUAAUUAUUAUAUGGGAUGACAUAUUAUAAUACAUUUAAAACGAAUUGAAUUUCUUCGGUUUGUUGCUACGGUAUACGAAUGGCGAAUAUAAUUGCAAGUAAUUCGUCCAGCUUUUAAGGUCUUGAAACUGCUGAUAAAUUAGCGUUCUGUUUAAACGCGUUUGAAUUGUAUACAUAUAUUUAUACAACGAAAUCUUCGAACAGAUUCGGACACCGUCCAAAACAAACUUGCGAGUGCGUUUGAUUAGCUUCUGAUCGAUGAGCCUCCGACUCUUCGAAAAAACACGUUGACUACCAAGCAAGUCUCAGGGGCUCGCACGUUCGACUAUAUUUAAAUCUUUUUUACGAACUUCGGUGAAAGUUGUAAUUUUAUCACGAGCUUGCAAGCUUUUCUGUUCGAACCCAUUGGAACUCUUCGUUGUGUACGUAUAUAAAGUUUCGUAGGAAAAGAAAGGCGAGCGGGAUUCCAGCUGAAGUCCCGACUUCAACUACCACCAACUACCCUGCUCUCCAGGCUUUGUCUAACUGUUUAAGCGUCGCGUGUCAUAUCAAAAAUCCGGAGGAGAAGUGCCAAGUAGCGCGAACGCGCUUCUUUCGUUUCAUAUCGAAAAGUGCCAAGAUCGCGCUGUUUUACAUGUUUAUAUAGCAAUUACCGGGAACCGUGUGCGAUAUAGCAUUUGCGAGUAUUACGAGAACAAAACUGUCAGCCUAGUUCUUAAGGUUCUGCAGAGAGGCGGUGAGCUUGGAUUCCUUAACGUUAUUUCAUUCAGACGCGUUUGAACCUCGUUGUAAGUGACCUUGACGCUGUUGCAAGCUGCUUGUAAGCUAUUUGCAAUACACAAUGUUUGAAACAACAGUUGCAUAAUUAAUGAUCGCAUCGUCUCUGAAGUAUUUACAUGCAUGUUCAAUUUUAAAGAUCGACAUUGCGGAAACUGGAAGAGCGAUAGACACAGACGAGGAAAAUCUUCCAACCAUCGCAUUCGAAUAUUAAUGAUAUUGAGGAAUUGUGGAACUUGCGAGAACAGUAAUCAAAUUCUCCUCUGUCUUGUUCAACUACUAAAUUAUUCACGAAAAUUGAACAAUGCUAAGAUCUUGGUACUAAACUACAUGGUUCAGAGUCUAUCGAGUAUAAUUCUUUUAAAUCGCUACUUGUGUAACGUGUUUAUGAUCUCAUACAUAAAAUAUAAUGCUUUUUCAUACUCGUAACUUUGGGUGGAUAAAAGUGGAUAAAAGAUCUUCUCCAUAAAAAGAACAAUCUUGAUGCGCGAACAAUGUAGGAAAAAGAAUUACACGAUCGGCGUGUUCCCUUUAGGAGCAUGUGACUUUUGCUUCACACAUUGUACCACUAGUACAGCGAGUGCUUUAUGGAAAAUUUCAAGUCGUUAAGAUAGGGCGAAUUACUUUGUAUUGUGGAAUUACAGUAAAAUACAGUAUUAUGUCGCUCUAAAAGCUAUUGAUAAUAAAUUUAAAUCGCGGAACGCAAACUUACGUUCUACAAACAUUUCGUACAAUUCAGUCAAGAGAUAUAAUUUCUGUUUUCUUUUUUUAGAACCGCUACAAUGUAACGUGAGUGUAGUAUGGUUACGUAAUUUUUGUAAAAUAAAUCUUGAAGGAGUUAAGUUAGACGAUGAGAAGUUCGUUGUAAGUGAAAGAUAAUUUGACCUUCAAUUUAGCAUAAUAUUACAUAUUCUUACAUUGACUCUAAGUAAUUUUAUUCCGUAGUUUUUUAUUUGUUACCAGUUAUAAUUAAUUAUAAUUAUUCACAUAGAUGUAACGAUGAACUAUAAUUGAUUAUAACUUUUCUUACUUAUAAUACGUAGCGUAAGAACAGGAUGCAUAGCAAAAGUGUAUUUGACUCUAUUUUGUGCAUCCUAAUGCACAAGGUGAUUGUAUACUCAUCAUAGCGCGGUACAGUCCGACUCUUAUUGGACUGCUGGUCGAUUUUCCAUAUGGAAUAAGCCGCUGCUUGUUAAUAACUAACUAUUACAAAGCUCGUUGCCAUUUGUGUAAUUUAGAUGUGGUUUAACGUUAAUAGAUAGUCGAUUUGUAAUAACAUACAAAAUUUAAUAUAAUAAUUACAUACACACAAGCAAUACCAGCCUUCUAGAAUGUGUUACAACGUGUUUUCUGUGAUGUGUGAUCAUGGUCUCUAACUAAACGAAGUAUGGUGUGGAAUGUGAGAUAUGUUUUUAACAUGGAUAUUCAUAUUUUCCUAUUAAUAUAUUGUAUUUGAUGAUAGGGCAUGGAGGUCGUAAAAUGUUUAACGAUUAUAUUUUUCUGUGGCUAUGAUUCUAUGUACUGCAUAGAGUAUCGGGAAAAGAAAGAUUCUUCAGUUCUCUUCCAACGUCAUCACCUAGGAUUUUUAAAAUUGAUUUGAUAAUGGGUGCUGUAUCGUAAUAGCGCAGGAGCUAAUAUCUAAGAAACAUGCAGGUUUUACUGACCAAUAUGUAACUUUAACCUGUGACGUUUAAAACGGUGCCGAUUUGAUACUUUUCCUUACAUGGUCAUUGAUGGUACACUAUGGUUACAGUUAGUAUAAUAUGAAAUUGCAAACAUAUGGAGUCUGUCCUAACGAUCCUAAAAUGUGUAAUCAGGAUAGGCUCUCGAAACUGAAAAUGAUUUUAAUAAAACUUUGUCGGAUUGCA